AUGGACAUAAAGAACAUACUAGAAAGUGCACUGCUUCUCCUUCUGCUCUAUCUUACCUCUUCGUUUCUUCAGAUCAUCACCGAAGUUGACGUGCCAGAAUUGCAGCUGUUAGCUUCGAACUUGAAAUCCGAAGAGUGUGUAAAACUUGUUUCCCUAGAUUCUCAUUCUCCAUUGUCGGAUGCACAAAUAGAAAAGUUAGCCCGUGAGCAGAGUUGUUUUCGAAGGCUCGUGAAAUGGAUCUGUGAAUUGAGAACAGUCACGAGGAACACGUAUCCGAUCUUGAAUAAUCUUCUCGAACGGAUCGGGAGGAGAGAUUUAAUCGCUUGUCUCGCUAAGUUCAGUAUGAAAACAUCGAAGUCGCCGAAAGUAAUUCGCGAUGUUCAAGCAGUUGAGGAGUCGGAGGACUAUGAAGGAGCCGCAGUAGCAACAACACCCAAAUCGAAGGGAGAUGCUAAACAGGAAACCAAACCGAAACAGGAUGCUAAAGACAGCAAACAAUUGUCAAACCAAACGAUCGACUCAAUCCUUGGACGUACUACUGUCAACGUAUCGUUGAAAACAGGAGGAAUCGUUCUUGCUUCCACCAUACUGUUAACUUGUUGCUGCACUUUGAUCAUAAGGCGUAGGAUAACGAAUCUGUGCAGCAAGAUGUGGGGAAGAAAAAAGAAAGGUAAAUUCAUAGCAAUCGACGAUGUCGGAGACGUGUCUAGGAGCUACCUCGUUCGAAAACCACGGAUAAAAAGAAAAAGAGCACCGUCAUACGAAAUGGUGCACACAGCCACGCAAAACAAUACAGUCGUUGUUCCAAACGAACCAGAGGAACCACCACCGACAGGUUGUUCCAAGUGUUACAAAAAGAAACGGAAGAAACACACCAGAAGACCUCACAGAUGA